UGUUGUCGAUAGUGGUGAUGGUGUUACCCAUGUCAUUCCAGUGGCUGAAGGCUAUGUUAUUGGUAGUUGUAUCAAACACAUUCCGAUCGCCGGUAGAAACAUAACAUAUUUUAUACAAUCUCUUUUGAGAGAAAGAGAAGUCGGUAUUCCUCCAGAACAAUCUUUGGAAACAGCAAAAGCAAUUAAAGAAAGGUAUUGCUACAUUUGUCCAGACAUUGCCAAAGAAUUUGCCAAAUACGACACGGAUUCGGGUAAAUGGAUGAAAAAAUACGAGGGUAUAAAUUCUGUGACGAAAAAUCCAUUUAAUGUCGACGUAGGAUACGAAAGGUUUCUAGGACCUGAAAUUUUCUUUCAUCCCGAGUUUUCCAAUCCGGAUUUUACGACGCCGCUGUCGGAAAUUGUCGACACGGUAAUACAAAAUUGUCCGAUUGACGUGAGAAGACCU